CGAGCGAGAGGGGCGGCGGGGAGAGGCGCGGCCGGCCCGGAUCCCCGGCAUGGGCAGAGACGGGGGCAGGGGCUGGCAGCGCUGCCGCCCGUGAGGCAGCGGCGGCGCGCCUCGGACUCCGCCUCACCGGCACCGAACUCCCCCUCCCUCCUCCCAGCGCCAGGCUCGCAGCGGCGGAGCAUUUCGGCGGCGGCGGCGGCAGCACCCUCCCUUCCCGGCCGGCCCGCGGCGCGCACCGCCCGCCCGCCCCCCCCGCACGCAGCCCGCCAGCGGCGAUCCGGAGCCCUCCGCGCCACGGCACCCCCGCCCCGCACGCCCACCGCCGGGAGGAUGGGCUGCGGGCGGCGGCACGGCAGCCCCCGAGCUCCCUGAAGCCGCGGAAACAAAGGGAGCAAGCAGCAGCAGCCGGGCCGGGGUGGAUGCAAGCAACCAUGAAAGGCUGGGUCUCCGCCUCCUUCGCUGCUGCCAGAGAGCUGCCGGCUGCUGCUGCUCGGAGGACUACACUGUGAAGGGGGCGGAGGAGAGGCUGGCUUGGUUUGCCGUGCAAAGGUAGAAGGUGUAAAGGAGAGGCGGAAAGAAAAUGUCUUCUUCGGUGGGGCCCCGCGGCCCUCGCCCGCCCACGGUGCCCCCCCCGAUGCAGGAGCUGCCCGACCUGAGCCACCUGACAGAGGAGGAGAGGAACAUUAUCAUGGCAGUGAUGGACCGGCAGAAAGAAGAGGAAGAGAAAGAAGAGGCCAUGCUCAACUUGGAUACCUGUGGAAUUAGUGACCCUUCUAGACAUGAUUUCAAUACCGCUUCAAAGGAGAAAACUGCUUUCAGUUGGUCAGACGGUUCUGUCUUAAAACAAUGGAGGUUGCAUCAACAAUUUGAAAGCUAUAAAGAGCAAGUAAGAAAGAUAGGGGAAGAAGCCCGCCGUUACCAGGGAGAGCACAAGGAUGAUGCUCCAACAUGUGGAAUCUGUCAUAAAACAAAGUUUGCAGAUGGUUGUGGCCAUUUAUGCUCUUAUUGCCGGACCAAGUUUUGUGCUCGAUGUGGAGGUCGUGUCUCUCUGCGAUCAAACAAUGAGGACAAAGUGGUUAUGUGGGUAUGCAAUUUAUGUCGAAAGCAACAAGAAAUCCUAACGAAAUCCGGAGCCUGGUUUUUUGGAAGUGGACCACAGCCCUCACCCAGCCAAGACGGAGCACUGAGUGAUACAGCAACUGGUGGAAGCUCGGAUGCACCGAGAGAAAAGAAAGCAAGACUUCAAGAGCGAUCAAGAUCACAGACUCCCUUAAGUACAGCAACUGCCUCAUCACAGGAAAUCUCUUCUUCCAGUGUGCAGUCUGACCGUAGGAAAGGAGCAGAAGUAUCACAGCCGGCUAUGGGCCCGGACCAAAAGCAAGUUUCAUCAAGGUCUAGAAGUGAACCUCCAAGAGAGAGGAAGAAGACAAUAUUGGUUUCAGACCAGAAUGGCAAAGGUUUAAAGGGUGAGCGUAAGCGCGUGCCAAAAUCCUCACUUCAAAAAGAAGGACCAGCAGAGCGUAAAGAACGGCACGAAGGUAGAAGGCUGGAGAAAGGCAAGUCACAGGACUACCCAGACUUGCCAGAGAAACUUGAGGAAGGCAAAGUGCCUGAUGAUGAAAAACAAAGGAAGGAAGAUGAAUAUCAUACCCGUUACAGGAGUGACCCCAAUCUGGCAAGAUAUCCUGUAAAACCGCAUCCUGAAGAACAGCAGAUGCGCAUGCAUGCAAAAGUUUCUAAAGCUCGGCAUGAGAGAAGGCACAGUGAUGUAGCUUUGCCACAUACAGAAAUGGAGGAAGCGGAGGUACCUGAGAAUAAAUUAGGAAAACGCUCACAAUUACAGGGAACUCAGGACAGAAAAUCUCUUGUGGAAACUCAGAGGUCGUACUCUAUAGACAGAACAGGUGAUGUAAGAAUUUCUGUUUCUAAACAAUUAACUAAUCAUAGCCCACCAACUCCCAGGCAUAGUCCAGUUCCUAUAGAACACGUAGAGUACAAGAACCACGAUUCCUUUAAAAAACAGAGCCGCCUUGAUCCUAGCUCUGCUAUUCUCAUGCGAAAAGCAAAGCGGGAGAAAAUGGAGACCAUGCUAAGGAAUGAUUCCCUUAGCUCUGACCAGUCGGAAUCAGUGCGGCCAUCCCCUCCAAAGCCUCAUAGAGCAAAAAGAGGCGGAAAGAAAAGGCAGAUGUCAGUUAGUAGCUCAGAGGAAGAAGGGGCAUCAACACCAGAAUAUACUAGCUGUGAAGAUGUGGAGAUAGAAAGUGAAAGUGUCAGUGAAAAAGGUGACUUGGAUUAUUACUGGCUGGAUCCUGCCACGUGGCACAGCAGGGAAACAUCCCCAAUUAGUUCGCAUCCAGUAACGUGGCAGCCUUCUAAAGAGGGAGAUCGCUUAAUUGGGCGUGUUAUUCUUAACAAGAGAACAACCAUGCCAAAAGAAUCAGGUGCAUUACUGGGGCUAAAAGUUGUUGGAGGAAAAAUGACAGAGUUAGGACGACUCGGUGCCUUCAUUACCAAAGUGAAGAAAGGUAGCUUGGCUGAUGUGGUGGGGCAUCUCAGAGCAGGGGAUGAAGUUCUAGAAUGGAAUGGUAAACCAUUGCCUGGAGCUACAAAUGAAGAAGUUUACAACAUUAUUUUAGAAUCAAAAUCAGAACCUCAAGUUGAAAUUAUUGUUUCAAGGCCGAUUGGUGAUAUUCCACGGAUUCCCGAGACUUCUCACCCCCCAUUAGAGUCUAGUUCAAGUUCUUUUGAAUCCCAGAAGAUGGAAAGGCCAUCUAUUUCUGUUAUAUCUCCGACCAGCCCUGGAGCCCUACGGGAUGCACCACAAGUCCUACCAGGGCAGCUUUCUGUUAAACUGUGGUACGACAAAGUGGGACAUCAGUUAAUAGUAAAUGUUCUGCAAGCAACAGAUUUGCCACCAAGAGUAGAUGGACGCCCCAGGAAUCCCUAUGUAAAAAUGUAUUUUCUUCCGGACAGAAGUGAUAAGAGUAAAAGGAGGACCAAAACAGUAAAGAAAAGUCUAGAGCCAAAAUGGAACCAAACUUUUCUCUACUCACAUGUACAUCGUAGAGAUUUUAGAGAACGAAUGCUUGAAAUAACCGUAUGGGAUCAGCCAAGAGUACAAGAAGAAGAGAGUGAAUUUCUUGGAGAGAUUCUUAUAGAGCUGGAGACAGCACUUUUAGAUGAUGAACCACAUUGGUAUAAGCUACAGACACAUGAUGAAUCUUCACUACCUCUGCCUCAGCCAUCACCUUUCAUGCCAAGAAGACAUGUUCAUGGUGGAGAAAGCACUAGCAAAAAAUUACAAAGAUCUCGGCCAAUCAGUGAUAGUGACAUCUCAGAUUAUGAUGUUGAUGAUGGUAUUGGAGUUGUUCCUCCAGUAGGUUAUAGAUCUAGCACUAGAGAAAGUAAAUCUACGACGCUAACUGUGCCAGAACAGCAAAGAACAACACAUCAUCGUUCACGAUCUGUAUCUCCUCACCGUGGCGACGAUCAGGGCAGGACCCGUUCACGUUUACCAAAUGUGCCAUUACAGAGGAGUUUAGAUGAAAUUCAUCAAAUGAGAAGAUCACGUUCUCCAACUAGACACCAUGAUGCCUCCAGAACUCCAGUUGAUUACAGAUCCAGAGACAUGGAUAGUCAGUAUUUGUCUGAUCAAGAAAGUGAGCUUCUUAUGCUGCCCAGAGCAAAACGAGGAAGAAGUGCAGAGUGCCUACAUACCAUCAGUGAACUACAGCCCUCCCUUGACAGGGCUAGGAGUGCUAGUACCAACUGCUUGAGACCAGAUACUAGUUUGCAUUCACCAGAACGAGAAAGGGGUAGAUGGUCCCCCUCCCUAGAGAGGAGACGACCUACUAGUCCCAGGAUUCAUAUCCAGCAUGCAUCUCCGGAGGAUGACAGGCAGUCCAGAAAAGUGGAAAGAUAUAGCAGCCAAAAACAAACUAGGAAAGGCUCCGCAACUGAAACGGAAAGGGGUCUGCUACCAUGUCUUUCUAGAAGGGGACUUCCAACCCCACGAACAACUGAACAGCCAGUCAUUAGGGGAAAACAUCACGCUCGCUCGAGGUCGAGCGAGCACUCUAGUAUCAGACCCUUAUGCUCUGUACAUCACCUAGUGCCCGGAGGGUCGGCGCCACCUUCUCCACUUCUGACAAGAAUACAUCAACAAGGAAGUCCCACACAGUCUCCUCCUGCAGACACAUCCUUCAGCAGUCGCAGGGGAAGACAGCUACCGCAAGUUCCAGUAAGAAGUGGCAGUAUAGAGCAAGAGCAAGAGACUUUUAACUCUUCCACAAAAGCAAGCUUAGUAGUGGAGGAGCGAACGAGACAGAUGAAAAUGAAAGUGCACCGUUAUAAUCAGACAUCAGGGUCUGGUUCUAGCCAAGAACAUGAGCGUGAGCAAUAUACCAAGUAUAAUAUACAAACAGAUCAGUACAGAAGUUGUGAUAACGUCUCUGCCAAAUCAUCAGAUAGUGAUGUCAGUGAUGUGUCAGCCAUUUCCCGAACCAGCAGUGCCUCACGCCUCAGCAGCACAAGUUUUAUGUCAGAGCAAUCUGAACGCCCUCGGGGCAGAAUCAGUACAUUUACUCCUAAAAUGCAAGGCAGACGGAUGGGAACUUCAGGGAGAAUCACUAAGAGCACAAGUGUGAGCGGAGAGAUGUAUAAGCUGGAGCACAAUGAUGGGAGUCAGUCGGACACGGCUGUCGGCAUGGUUGGAACAGGUGGGAAGAAAAGGCGUUCAAGCCUUAGUGCCAAAGUGGUUGCCAUAGUGUCUCGAAGGAGCAGAAGCACAUCUCAACUUAGCCAAACAGAGGCUGGCAACAAGAAGCUGAAGAGCACGAUACAGAGAAGCACAGAGACAGGAAUGGCAGCAGAGAUGAGAAGUCGUAUGGUUCGACAGCCAAGCCGGGAAUCCACUGACGGCAGCAUAAAUAGUUAUAGCUCCGAGGGCAACUUAAUAUUUCCCGGAGUACGGCUGGGAGCUGACAGUCAGUUUAGUGAUUUCCUCGAUGGACUUGGACCUGCACAGUUAGUAGGCCGACAAACCCUAGCGACUCCUGCCAUGGGUGACAUCCAGAUUGGAAUGGUGGAUAAAAAGGGCCAGUUAGAAGUAGAAGUCAUUAGAGCCCGUGGCCUCACACAAAAACCUGGCUCCAAAUCUACCCCAGCUCCGUACGUCAAAGUGUAUUUAUUGGAAAAUGGAGCAUGUAUAGCUAAGAAGAAGACAAGAAUUGCACGGAAGACCCUUGAUCCUUUGUACCAACAGACACUGGUUUUUGAUGAAAGUCCACAGGGUAAAGUCCUUCAGGUAAUAGUCUGGGGAGACUAUGGCCGAAUGGACCACAAAUGCUUCAUGGGAGUUGCCCAGAUCCUUCUGGAGGAACUGGAUCUGUCCAGUGUGGUAAUAGGCUGGUAUAAAUUAUUUCCACCUUCAUCGCUAGUGGAUCCAACCUUGACUCCCCUGACACGCAGGGCUUCCCAGUCAUCUCUGGAAAGUUCAACCGGGCCUCCCUGCAUUAGAUCAUAGUAGCAGGUGCUGUCUAAUAACAACAUCACCCCGGAUAACAAUUGGAACCAGAUAUCACAUGAUCAAAAAGCACUGUUGGAGAGAGACAAUCACUUCUGUUUUUGCUUGUAGUAGUUAUCCAAAAAUAUGUCUGAGUUGUUUGUUGAGAGAUGGCUUAAACUGACAGAACAAAGGUAUAUCACGUACGGCCAAUCUAUUAGCGGCUAUCACUGAUGCUUAUAAUGAUUUAAAAAAAAAAAAAAAAAAAGAGGGACCUUUAGAUUCGACCUAAGUCAAAGAUGAGCCAAACUGGAAGCUCUCACUCUGUUAACAAUGUUGUAUUUCUCACAUUUUGACAGAGCCCUCAAGCAGUGUUACCUUCCUGGUGUUUCAGCAGUUUUUCUGUACUUGUCACUUCCACUAUUUUUUUGCCAUGUGAUUCUGCUAGUUUUGUAGAAGUCCUCACAACGCCAACAGAGACCCUUCCUUUCUUUUUCGAAACCAAACAAAAAAGGGCUGAAACAUAUCUCUGUGAGCAUCGUUAAAGUGUUCAACAGCCACAGUUACGAUUCCAGCGAGUUCAAAUCGUUUCUCAGUUCUGGUACUUCCAAGUCUCUCCUGUGGGAACCCAGAACAAAUGACCAAUCUAAGUUAUAUUCUUAAAAAUAAAUACUCAUCACAGUGCCACUUUUUUCUUUGUAAAAAGCAGAUAUGUUUGCAUUAUAUAGAAUAACUUUUAUGUUUAUGAUGUUUUGCAUGGAAGAAUUUUGAAGAAUUCUGCAACUACUGCUGGGGACUGGUAUAAAGCAGCUUUAGUCUUAAUUUUGACAUUGAAUAUGUUACUGGUAAUGCAUUUUUUCCUCCUAGAAAUGGAGAGGAAAUAUUUACGUUUCUGUGUAUAAAUGUAUAUUUGACUUCCCAAAAUGUUGACCAGGAAUGGAUUAAGCAUAUGACACUUUCAGCUGUACCCAGGCUUUUCUGAUGUGUGUCACUUCAGACGCACCUGUCUGCCCUGGAUAGAGCAUGGUGUGAGUUGUUCAGUGUUUCACUGGAAAUUCCAGUUGAAAUAUUCUGCACUUACUAAUGUUUUUAUCAAAUUUUAGUUUACAUUUCUUUGAGAUUGAUGCAAGCACAAGGCUUGAUUUUUUAACGCAAGAUAUCUUACUUUUUGGAGAAAAAAAAAGUCAAAUUUCAAUUUGCUUUUUAUUCAUUUGAGUUCUUCUUGGCCUUGAAAUCCCUUGUGAUAUUCUGUAAAUGUGCGAACAACUGCAGAUUCCUGCAGGUGCAUCGAUAUGUUUCCCCUCCUUUUACAGGCCAUUCGAUUUUGUGAUCACACAAAAUAGAGCAGCAUGACUUGGAACUGUUCAAAGCUGCAUGCACGUUUUGUAAAAAGAGAUGAAAAAGGUUAUUUAAUAAUGUAUGUUAGUUCCACAUAGGCCAGCUUGUAUGUUGCAUGUACUUGUACAGUUUGCUCGUAAUUACUAUACUGAAGUAACCAAGAAAUCUAAGCCAUCCAUUUUUCUUAUAGACAUUUUGCAGGUUUUAGCCAGGCUAGGUCUGUGAGUCUGGUGCUAAAUGUCUAUAGAUGGACUUUAUUUUUUACCCUAUGGAAAACGUGAUGUAGUACGGACCAAAUUCCUUCUAAUAACUAUUUUGGUGUAGAUUCCUACAGUGGGGCUGUAACACAUGUAGAAACUGUGUACACACUAGGUUUUAACUCAUAGACAUACUGCCUGCACCAAGUGAACUAUUUAUUAUUACUCAACACGUGGGAAUUACUCUGCCCAUCUUUCCGUAGGGCGCAGAUUGGUUACUGCUCGACCUGCUGAGCAGGAAGAACUCAAGCAUUGGUGCACUACUACUAGAUCCUGUUCUGUCUUAGUGGCCAAAAACCAACUAGUUAUAAUUCGAUAGUAUCUUUCUAUUUUGACCACUUGUCUUAACACUCCCCUGUGCUUUUAAAUGAACUUCCAACUCAUGUUAUGUAAACAUGUUUAAUAAAAUUUCCUUUUCAUGUCCAGUGUAGUAGUUGUGCUCUCUGUAUGUUCUGAGGUUCAUCUGUGAUUCUGCUCGCUGCAGGACUGUGUGAAAUGUGUUAAGGAACAGUAAAAUGAUAAGUAAUUUCUAUGGUUCUUUUGAUCGCUGUAAUAGUGUAUGUUGAAAUCUGGGGCCAAAAACUGAGGCCUGGUGAAAGUCGUGUUUGGUCAGCUUCCUUUUCCCCGGGAAAGGAGCCAAAUUGUGCUCUCAUUCGUAGAAGCAGGCAAAUUGAAGUCAAAACCCAAAUGUAGCCAAAUUACAAUCUGGUGAAAUCAAAUCGGCUUAUCGGAACCAAGUGAUGCUGCAUCUGCUUGCAGUAGGUCAGCAGGGCGAUGCGCGUUGGAGCCAGACACCAGCUCUCCGUUUGGUGUGCGCUGAGCCUGUAAGGCGUGAGAACAACUCCCAAUCUUUUGCACUCCUUAAACCCAGAAAUAUGCCCUCGUAUUGCAAUGCCCUUACAGAAAAUGCAUUCUAGAAAUUUACCUGAGAGCAGAAUUUGGCUUUAAAAUUUAUUAGAGAAGCAAAGUUUAUGUACUUUUGUUUGAUUUUUAGUUUUCCAUGUCCCACAGAUCACAAUUUAAAAAUAACAUAAAUACAAUAUUGCCUCACUUUGAACACUUUUGUUUAUUACUUUAUUUAUCUGAAUACAUGGUUAAGCUACUGAAAAAAUGAAUAAUUAAACAUGGUAAAUCUCUGAACAAAAGGCAUGUUAUAUUUCUCCUUCUGUGUGGUGGGAGUGAUCUGCUUAAAUAUAGAAUUUGUCACGCUGUUGCAAAAAGCCCUCAAUUUCAUGAAUCGCAUGGCUUUGAAUAUUGUGUCCAAUACUAGGAUAUCUUUUCCUUUCUGAUACUGAGCAAUAAGUAAAGUUUAGCAUUUCUGAUCUCCUCCUAGCGCACAGAAAAUAUGGCAGCAAAAGAACAUGCUGAACCAUAUAAUUUAUGGUGUUUCUGAUGAACGGGGAUCACAUAUGCAAAGAAUUCAGGAAAGAAGCAGUAGACUGUGCUAGGACAGAUAAGUUGCGUGUUGGUCUCCUUUCCCAGGGACUGUUGCCUUUUAAAACCUCAUUGCUGAGUGUU